AUAGCUUUCCCUUAGCCUUAGCCGCACUUCUCUGUUUGCUAUCAGCCCUUUCUCUUCCUCAUCACUUUUUUCUUCCUACCAUGGCUGGAGAACUUCUUGGUGGUACUGUUUUGUCUGCCUUCCUUCAAAUGGCUUUGGAUCGGUUGGUUUCUCGUGAAACUCUUCAGUACUUGCAAAAGAGAGGAUUGAAUGAGACUCUGGUGAAGAAGUUGAAGAUCAUGUUGUUAUCCAUCGAUUGUGUAAUUGAUGAUGCUGAGGAUAAGCAAUUCAAUGAUUCAAAUGUGAAGGCUUUGCUUUUGGAGCUCAAAGAUGUUGUGUAUGAUCCUGAGGAUGUCUUGGAUGACAUUAACUAUGCAGUCUACAAGCGCAAGUUGGAAGUUGAAACUAGUGUUACUAGUAAGGUACGAAAAUUCUUCUGUGCUUUUGCUACCUCAUUUGACCAGGCAAUUGAAUCAAGGGUGAAACAAGUCCUUGAAAACCUAGAAUUUUUUGAGAGUAGAAAGAUUGAUCUGGGAUUAAAACAAGAUAAAGGUGGCGCUGUUAGGCUUGUCACAAUGUUGCCAACAACUUCUUUGGUGGAUGAAGUUGGAAUAUAUGGCAAGAAUGAAGGCAAAGAAAUUAUCACGAAACGAUUGCUAAAUGAUGGCCAAGUUUCUGUGAUCUCUAUGGCGGGCAUGGGUGGACUGGGAAAAACCAAACUGGCUCAACUUGUUUAUAUUGGUGAAAGGAUCCAAAGUGAGCUAGACCUCAGAGCUUGGGCAUGUGUUUCUAAUGACUUUGAUGUUGAGGUUAACAAAAAUAAUUUUCAAGAGAACCAUGACAUCUAAUGAUGAUAUAGAAGACUUAGAUAUACUUCAAAAUAAGUUGAAGGAUCAUUUGUUUGAGAAGAAAUUUCUUAUUGUUCUUGAUGAUGUUUGGUGUGAUGAUUUUAAGUCAUGGGAAGCUUUUCUAGCACCUGUCAUUAGGGGGGGCUACAGAAAGCAAGAUUCUUGUCACUUUAUGCAAUGAGACUGUUGCCUUAGUUGCUUGCUCCAAUGAAAUAUAUCAUCCACAUCAAUUGUCAAAUGAAGAUGGUUGGUUGUUAUUAACGAAAUAUGCAUUUGAUAAUUAUUGUCCUCAAACAAAUUUUGAUCAUGAAGAAAUUGGUAGAAGGAUUGCUAAAAAGUGCAAUGGUUUGUCUCUAGCCUUGAAAUUAAUUGGAAGUCUCUUGUAUAGAAAAUCAUCUUGGGAGGAAUGGAAUAACAUUUUGAGAAGUGAGGAGCAAUUAGUUCUAUUGUGGAUGGCUCAAGAUUUCUUACAAGCCUUUCUAUCAAGUAAGUCAAUUGAAGAAGUAGGUAACAAAUGCUUCAA